UUUCUCUGACAUCAACAAACUUGUGUUGUGGUUGGACUCUUCCAACUAGGCUUGCUGUUAUUAUCGGGGGAAGAUUGCAGCUGAGCUGUGUCGGUAGAACCGUUUUCAUGUAGCUAGGUUUACAAAUCAAACAGAAGUGUGGAUUAAGUUCUCGUCAACGGAUAGAUAAUCAAAUGCUUGUUUUAAUUUGUGCACGUCGCCAUUGUCAGUUUUCACGUCGAAGAACGUCUUGCACAACACAAGCGUUAGUGAUAUCUUGGCCUGAAGCUCGGGGCCUUGGACUCAAGUAAAGUUCGAAGCGGACUCUAAACUUCUGCUUUCUCAAAGACCGCUAUCCGCGGGGCCGGGGCUCUUGUCGCUGGCCCUGUGGAUGAGGAAGUGAAGAUACUGAAUCCACCCAGAUUUUACAGGAGAAAGGAACCCCUUUGAUGGGAGAAUCCUCUAUCCUGGACUCCUGGGUGAAUCAACGUGUCAAGAUGAACGAACAGGAGGCGCUGAACUCUAUAAUGCAGGACCUGGCCGAACUGCACCGCUCUAGCCGCCCUGCCAUGACCCUAUCUGACCUGGGCAAACCCAAGGCCUCUUCACCCAAAAAUCAGAACGAUGUGCGAGUGAAGUUUGAGUACAAAGGGGAGAAGAGGAUCCUGCAGUUCUUUCGCCCAGUCAGGCUUGAUGACCUGGGGAACAAAGCCAAAGUGGCCUUCGGUCAGGCCAUGGACCUGCAUUACACCAACAAUGAGCUGGUGAUUCCUCUGACCACUCAGGAUGACCUGGACAAGGCCGUGGAGCUGCUGGAUCGCAGCGUCCACAUGAAGAGCCUGAAGAUCCUCCUGGUGCUCCAGGCCUCCUCUCAGACCUCCACGUCCAGCAUGGACCUGCUGCCCCCACACGAAGACCUGGACAACACCCGCUUCAGGGCCACAGACAAUAAAAGCAUGCUGGCUUUGAUAGGGUCCCACUCCGGGGACCGCAGCUCACCGCCUCCAGGCUACAUUCCCGAUGCCCUCCAGCAGGUGGCCAGAAACGGCUCCUUCACCAGCAUUAACAGCGAGGGAGAGUUCAUUCCAGAAAGCAUGGACCAGAUGCUGGACCCUCUGUCAAUGAGCAGUCCAGAGAACUCUGCAUCAGGGAGUUGUCCCUCACUGGACAGCCCACUGGACAGUGAUAACUAUCCUAAGUCACGUAUGCCCCGGGCACAGAGCUACCCAGACAACCACCAAGUUUACCCAGAGUAUGAUAUUCCAGUGUUUGAGAAGUCGGGGAAAGGGGGCACUUACCCAAGGCGAUACCACAUUUCCUUUGGCCUUCAGGACUACAGUGAUGGGCGAAAGACGUUCCCUCGAGCGCGGCGGACCCAGGUCCACGGCUUCCAUUCCCCGGUCAGUUUCAGCCCCACAGAGCAGUCUCUCAGCACCAGCAGUGGCAGCAGCAUAUUCACCCCAGACCUGGAGGAGCCCGGGGGUCGCAGACGCAGGGGCAGUGACAUCGAACCCAACCCCACCCUCUCCGUUAUGGACAUCAGCCCACCCAGCCGCUCUCCACGUGCCCCUACGAACUGGCGGCUAGGUAAGCUGCUGGGUCAGGGUGCAUUUGGCCGGGUCUUCCUGUGCUACGAUGCAGACACGGGCAGAGAGCUGGCUGUUAAACAGGUCCAGUUUGACCCAGAGAGUCCCGAGACCAGCAAGGAGGUAAGUGCCCUGGAGUGUGAGAUCCAGUUACUGAAGAACCUGUGCCAUGAACGGAUCGUCCAGUACUACGGCUGUCUACGAGACUCCAACGAGAGAACUCUGUCCAUCUUUAUGGAGUACAUGCCCGGGGGCUCCAUCAAAGACCAGCUGAAGUCGUACGGGGCCUUGACGGAAAACGUGACGCGUAGGUACACCCAUCAGAUCCUGGAGGGAGUGUCCUACCUCCACAGCAACAUGAUCGUCCACAGAGACAUCAAAGGGGCCAACAUUCUGCGGGACUCUGUGGGAAACGUGAAGCUGGGGGACUUUGGGGCGAGCAGGCGGCUACAGACCAUCUGUCUGUCAGGAACAGGGAUCAAGUCAGUGACUGGUACUCCCUACUGGAUGAGCCCAGAGGUGAUCAGUGGAGAGGGCUAUGGCAGGAAGGCUGAUAUCUGGAGUGUGGGUUGCACGGUGGUGGAGAUGCUUACCCAGCGGCCCCCCUGGGCUGAGUUUGAGGCCAUGGCGGCCAUCUUUAAGAUCGCCACCCAGCCCACCAACCCCUCGCUGCCCGCCCACGUCUCUGACCAUGGCCGUGACUUCCUCAAGCGCAUCUUCGUGGAGUCCAAGCUGAGGCCCUCGGCCGACGACCUUCUGAGGCACAUCUUUGUUCACUAGCCCCUUCCCCCUGACCCCUGAACUGCCAGAGAUGUCCUUAGAUGAUUCGCUGCCUCUGACUCCCCCUGACUCCACCCUCCCAGCUCCAGACAGAAAGCCCCCAUUGGACCAGAGAGGACUUGGUGGGAGGUAUCCAUCUGGUGAUUGGAUGAGGUGGGUAGCGGUGGGGACUACAACUCCUGCGUCUCUGUUUUUAGGAGACUGGCAAGGAGGAAUUAAUGAAAGAACUCAUUUAGAGAAAAAGUUGCACCUUAAUUUCAGAAACAUGGUAAGUUGCUCAACCAAGAUGACAAAAUAACCUUUUUUGAAAAUGUUUUUAUGAUUAAUAUCUCCUGCUUUUGAUUGUGGAGUGGGACUCAGUCACUCUGCACUUAGCUCACUGAGUCCACGUCUGUGUUUCUGAUCUGGACCUUAGUGGAGAUUUGAGGUGAUGAUCAUGAUAAUCUGGGCCACGUUUAGUAGGCAAACGUUGUGGAACACAUUGCAGAUAGAGGUGGCAUGACUAGAGCCGAAACGAUUCCUUAUUCUACAUAUCUUAGGGGAAGGUUUGUUCUACAUGCUAUAUCGAUCUGAGCGUUGCAUAACGUUGUGUCCUGCUGAACGCACCCCUAGUGUGGUCCUGACUCGACCCAGAAUGUACAGCUGAAAACCCAUAGCAUGCUGCUAUCGAAUCCACAACCAGAACACCGGGUGAGGAGAACACCCCCCCCCACAUGCUUCCUGUAACACUGCUGCCUACGUUGCUCCCCCCUCACUUGCACAUUCACAGUCCAUGUAGAGCACCCAGAACUCAACGAUUCUUCUUACUUAUACUGUAGACAUUCUCUCGAUGCUGAAAAAAAUGCUUUUGUUGCUAGGAUCCCUCGCUUUACUUCAGUCUGUCCCGCGACAGUUGUGAGUGUCCGUCUGUUCCUCUGCUGUGUCAGUCAGGUCACCUGUCUGUCAGGGUCUGUUGUCAAAUCCCCUCCCAGCCUUUUGUUCUUUGCCUUGUGCCUUUUUUAGCAGUGUAGGAACAUGUCUAGUUGAAACGUUUUCGGUAUGCAUCAGACGAGUACCAGCCUAUUUACGGUGCGGAUCAUAUCCAAGUGUUGUGGCACUGUUCUCUGCCUUCUCCUCACCAGGGGUCAUAGGUCUCUUACUGACCCCAGAUCAGAUACAAUCGAGACACACCAAAGCGGAAACCUAGAGUGCUCAUCAUAAUGGGUUUGGUGCUUCAGUUCUUAACAGAAAUGCAUCUGAACUCUGUGAUUGGCCGUGUGGUACUACGAGGCCAGUUGAUUGCCUAAAGUUUAGGCAGGCCUUAGUUGAUUGGUCAAAGGUACAUUAUGGCAUUUUAAAACCGGAAGAGUGGAGAACCGCUAGCCAAUUAGGAUGCUUGUUACUCAGUUGUAGGCAUACUGUAUGUUAAUAUCAGGUACUACUUUGUGCUGAAGCACUAUGUUAGCCAGUUUACAUCUUGACUAAGAUACUACUGCACUGAACAGUACUCAGCAAAAAGCUCUGCAAUUAUGCCAAUAUCAAUACUCGACAGUACUGGUGAAUACUCAGUUAUACUCCACAGUGUUGGACACCAUCUGGUACUAUUGUGCCCUCUUGCCCUACAAUGCCUUGCAAAAUAAAGUACUGGUAUGUUGUAGUAGUAUGUGCUGUGUCAUGUCUCACAUGCUGCUCCUCUCAAACACUCCUUUAGCAUGCGCACACACACCAGAGCAGUUUUCAGUAUGUUUCAGUUGGGGAUGGGCUCAACUACUCGAUUCUCGAUUUGUAUUGGAAAUUUGCAAAUGCAACUAUUUAGCAGUUUCAAAUGACAACAUUUCAAACUCUAAUAUGUGUUUUAUUUUUUUGGAGUGUGUCAAGUGCACUGCAAAUAUCUCAUAAAAAAAAAUGAAUUGAAGCAAUCGAUAGCAUACUGCAAGAUGGUUUUGCCAGCAGCCCUGUUUUGUACUUGCAUGUGAGUACUCGAGUACCUGAAAUGGUUUGCAUGAGAAUACUCAGACAUUUUUUUUUUCCAGAUGUCAAUCCCUGGUUUCAGUGCUGUACUCAGCCAUACCUCAACAUUACUAACACGUAGACUUAUCUAAAAUCACAGCAGUGCUACCUGUUUUGUGCUGCUUUGCACAGUGAAUGUCAGAUAUAUUUGACCCUUAUUUUCUAGAUGCAGAAGGAUAGGUAUUGGAUGUCGACCUCGUCCUUUUUUAAGUUAGUGAUGGAAGUGGCUGUCUAUUUGACUCCAGGGGGUGUUGUUGUUGUGGUCAUUGCCUGUAAGCUAACCCAUAGGUACUCACGGUAUGGAAACACAAGCUCUUUUGUGUGAGGACUUCAGGAAACCUACUGAUCAACUAGCCUGAAAUAUGAUCGAGCAUUUCUCCCAUCACCUAGGCAUUAACUCCCCCUCAGCCAUAGGUACUAAAUCCGGUCUCUCUCGCCCGCUGAAGGAGUGCUGGUUAAGAAAAAUAAUUGUCAUUUUUGUAGUCUGAGAAGCAAAAUAGCGACCGUGCGUGUUAUCGGCUAAGCUGGUCCCCAAGAACCUAGACCCCUUCCUUACCCUCCUGCAUUGCCUGUAAAAAUGAAACUGAACAUUUCCAUUGGCACUGGACUCGCUGAGAUCAACUGUCAACAGAAAUAGUGACGCCAUAUGCACUAUUUAAAACUGGUACAUAAUGCGUUCUCUACCGCUCGCUUCUUCAAGGUUACUCAUUGGACGACGGACUUCUACUCUGUUGAGCAUAGACUGUCUUGUGUUGUUUCUGUUAGCGAUGACCUUUUUUGCACAUUUUUUAAAGACUUCAGAUUUUUUACACUGAUUGUAAUACUUUUGCUUCUGUGUAUGUGGGUGUGAGUGGAUGUGUGUGAAUGUUGUAUGUGAAUGUCUGUGGUUGUGUUGCACAAGGAUCUUAGUCAGGAAUGUAAUGUUUCAUUCUCACCACCAGGUGGCCUCAUUUACCAUUGUGGAUUAACACUCCGCUGUUGAAAUGAGAAGUCUACUCUGAACACAGACUUGGCGGCUGUCCUUCAUUUGGUUUUUAAUUUCACACCCCCACUCAGAGGGACUGUUAGUUAGUGAUAGUAGUGUAUGGUAGACUAGGCCUGAAUCCCAAAACCCCUGCUCCUUACUUGUGUAGAUCUGAGAGGAUUGGACAGGUGGGUUUGGGAUUCGGGAAAGACUUAAAGUAAAAGGCAGUGAACUGAGAUGCAUAUGAUAAGGAACCACAUGGUAUUCCCCUGCUUCUUCUAGAAAACCAACAAGGUACAGACAAACUAUACCAAUAUGGUCCAAUAUGUGCUUUUAUAAGCAACUGCUGACACUCCAGGGUGCUGUAAGCACUUCUCUCGUGUGUGUGUGUGUGUGUGUGUGCUUGACUGUGUGUACUGCAAUUUGUGCUCAAAUGACACUUGGGGGUGCCCAAAAUGCCUUGCGCAUUCGGACUGUAAAAAAAUAUAUAGUUGAAGAAAAAUAAUGUGCCCCUUUUUAAAAAGAAAGAUUACACUUAUAUCCCACACAUUUGUUUUCUGUGUAUUGUAAAAGAAGCCAUGUUUAUAAUUCCAUUUGGUUUGUGACCAAUACGCCUGUUUUUAUCAGAACUGUAUAUCAGUGGUAUGCAUCAUUUUUUAAAUAUAUAUUUUUAUUUUUAAAUGGGAGAUUUUAUGCAUGGUUGGAUCCUGAGGAGAGGUUCAAUGGUGGCGGGAGGCCCAUUGGUUUUAGCCUGAGUGCCAGUCUGUCUGUGCCACCAUACUAAUUCCAUGUCACUCAUUGUUUGGCUUGUCAAAUGAUAGCAAUGGAGUAAACAAGAACAGAUCUGGGACCAGGCUAAGGCCUAUUGGUUCCUCUAAAUGAAUGCUGAAGAGAGGAGACAUCUUGAUGGAAAAGGGUUGGGAGAGACUGUCAGUCUGUUGGCACUUUGAUGUGUUAAUAAUUAUGAUGACAACGAAAAUAAUAAAAUAUAUUUAUUUCA